AUGGGAGACUUGAUCAGUUCACUGCUAUUCCAACCUCCACCUCCGACGUACCUUCAUCCUUCCCGCCACUUUUGGUUGAACACUUCGACCGGCAGUCGCAUUCCUGCCUUUUUCAUUGAACGGCCCAAUGCCCAAGUCACAAUCCUCUUUUCUCAUGGCAAUGCCGAAGACUUAGGCAUGAUCUACGAUUGGUUCAAUGAUCUGGCUCGAGUCCUUCGCGUCAAUAUCAUGGCCUACGAUUACACGGGCUAUGGCAAAUCCAACGGAACCCCCUGCGAAGAGAAUUGCUAUGCCGAUAUCGAGGCGGCCUUUCAAUAUUUGUUGACCGUGAGACACUUGCAACCCGAACAGAUUGUCCUCUAUGGACGGUCGUUGGGAUCCGGACCAUCGUGCUAUUUGGCAAGCAAAACGGCAAAGCAGGGACGCAGUGUCGGUGGAGUGAUUCUACAGAGUCCACUCCUCAGUGCCUACCGAGUAGCAUUCAACUUUCGAUUCACCAUGGUGGGCGAUAAGUUCCCAAAUAUUGACUAUGCUCCCAACAUUCGGUGUGCUGUGUUCAUUGUCCACGGAACACAAGACGAGGUCGUUCCAUUUUGGCACGGGGAAGACCUAUUCAUGGCCUUGCCGCAACCUUGGAGAGCAAAACCCUUCUGGGUAGAAGGCGCUGGACACAACAAUAUCGAAGCACUCUUGCGGCCGACAGGUGCAUUUGUCGAAAAAUUGAUUGAAUUCUUGGAUCUUCAUGUAGGGGCUCGAAGAGGGAAGAUCUCACCUCCGGUUCGGGUGCCCGAAUGCGUGCCAAUGGCAUUGCGUGAAUUUGAGACGGCUGCAAGUCGAAGUGUCACUUCCAGUAUUGGAAGUCGAACAAGGGGAUAA